AUGAUUAUACCUGUGCGUUGUUUUUCUUGCGGAAAAGUUAUUGGAGACAAGUGGGAUGCUUAUUUAAUUUAUCUUCAAGAAGAUAUUUCUGAAGGGGAAGCCCUUGAUAAACUUGGUCUAAAACGCUACUGCUGUCGCCGUAUGAUUCUUACUCAUGUUGAUUUAAUUGAGAAACUUUUACACUAUAACCCUCUUGAGCGUUCAAUGCGUGAAUCUUAG